AUGUCGCAACCCAAACCGAUUCAGAUCGUCCUUUGUUUUGAUGGAACGGGGAAUACUUUUCGCGCUGAUGGCACGGAGACCAACAUUCUCAAGAUCUGUCGGAUGUUGCAAAGAACGGAUGAGCAGUCGGGAAUCGGAACUGAAAUCACACCAGGUUCCCUGGCAGCAAAGACACUGAAGAAAAGUAGCCAUCUAGGAAAGAGUAAGACAAUCAGUCAGGCUCUAGGGGGAGUCCACGUCUUGGGUGGCUAUAGGUUUUUGAUGCGACACUACCGGGGAGAUGGAAAUAUCUUUAUUUUUGGCUUCUCUCGCGGAGCUUACACCGCUCGAUUUCUCGCAGAGAUGCUCGACUACGCUGGACUAUUGGGCCCGGAUAACGAGGAAAUGGUCCCCUUCAUAUGGGACGCUUUUUCGCAAUGGAAAUUGACCCGAUACGAGGGAACAGAGAAAAGGAAACAAGCGACAGACUUCCUGAACAAUUGUCGGGAGACCUUAUGUCGUCCGGUGACUAGGGUGAAUUUUUUGGGUCUAUUUGACACCGUCAAUAGCAUUGCUGAUUUCGAAAUCAACAAUGACACGAUGCCGACCGCCCGUGUGAUCAGACACGCGGUAAGUAUUGACGAACGCAGGGUCAAGUUUCAACCAGUCUUGCUGGAUUCAGGCGUGAAGACAGGAAAGACAGUAGGUAGCCGAAGUACCACAUACAAAGAGCGGCUGGAUCCUGUGAAAACAGAGCCCCUAGUUGUACCUGGUGUCCCACUAUCCGUGGAUGAUUCCGAGAGCGAAAAUGGCGAUAUCAACGAAAAGAGCCCGGCUAUCCGCGGGUCAAAACAGAAAGCCGACGACGGCAGUCAGGAUCUGCAAGAGCUUUGGUUCCCAGGUGGACAUGCAGACAUCGGCGGUGGAUUUCAACGCGAAGCAGAUGAGAAGUUCCAGCUCAGCCACGCCCCAUUGGUUUGGAUGGUCCAGGAGGCCCAGCGCGCAGGUAUUGAAUUCGACCAGGAAAAGUUGUACAAAUACAAAUGUCUGGAGCACUGGGAACAAGACCCUUCAGCAAGCACUCACUUCAAUGAAGCGCUUCGACAGUCGAGCACGGAAGGCCUACUCCAUGAUCGGAUCGGGUUUGGCGAAGGGGUCUCACCUAUUUCGGUUCUGGCGUGGCGGUUGAUGGAAUAUCUCCCCAUUCGUCGGUCUGACAUGCAACCUGAUGGGUCGUGGAAACUGGUUUGCUGGCCGCUACAUCGUGGUCAGGCCCGAGAUAUUCCAUCUUACGCUCUGAUUCACGGAUCGGCUGUUCAUCGCUUGCAAUCAAACCCUGAGUACCGACCGGCAAAUAUGAUUAUCGGCGGUGGUGGCAGAGGCCUAAAGGAGGUUAGUGCUGAGUAUGGUAUUGGCCAGUGGGAGGUCAUUGGUUAUGAAGGAGAUCCAACUCGUGAAACGUAUAUUCGGAAAGGAUGCAGAGAUCCUAGUCACCACUAA